AUGAUCCGACCACGACCAACAAUAACCACCCGAUUCUCCCCGUUUUUGGUCCUGCUCGUUCUGUGGUGCUCAGGGUGCCUGCUCGGCGUGCAGGGCUCGGCAUUGACGACGACCAUUCUCGCGAAUGAGCGGAGUUGCUUCUACGCGCUCGUCGAUAAACCGGGAGAGAAGGUCAGUCCAGUUGGGAUCGCUCUUCGUGUUUUGGGUGUGCUACGUGUAUGAGAUGAAGGUUCCUGAUCCGAGACUUGGGACGCGUCGUGAUAGGUUGGCUUCUACUUUGCCGUAAGUCGCGCGGUCGAGGCUUUCUCCGGCUCGGAAGACGAAUACGCGGUUCAUGAUCGGGCGUGGAUGCACCGGGGUCAUCAACCUACGAUGAUUGCUUCAAGAACCUGCGAUCGCUAGCGGAUUGGCACCGAUGACCCCUCCGUCGGCGCAUUCCGCAAAAGCGCCGUCGAAAACGAUGACCCACUCCAUCCUGGGAGCGCGUCCCGUCGGCAACGACGCGAUGACACGGCCGAAAGCUGACCCCUCGACGCGAACACCCACAGGUCCAAUCCGGUGGCUCGUUCGACAUCGACUGGACCGUCACCGACCCAGCGGACACGAUCGUGAUCGAAGGCGAACGCGAGCGUCAAGGCGACUACAUCUUCACCGCCCACCUCAUCGGCGAAUACUCCUUCUGCUUCUCCAACGACAUGUCCUCCUUUUCCGAAAAACUCGUCGAUUUCGACAUCAUGGUCGAGUCCGAACCAAGGCCUGUUGCACCGGCUAAACCGACCGGGUUGACGGAACAAACGUCCAGUUUGGAAGAGAGCAUUUAUAAAUUGAGCGGCAGUCUAAGUUCGAUUCAGAGGACGCAGAAGUACUUCAGGACGAGAGAGAACAGGAAUGUGAGUCAUCACGGAGUAGGUUGUGAAGACAUCUGUACGAACUGACUUUGCUGGUCCACAUCCUUCAGGUCUCGACGGUCAAAAGCACACAGUGGCGUAUCUGGGCCUGCUCCAUCACGGAGAGUCUCAUGAUGGUCGGCAUGAGCGCUUUCCAAGUCUGGGGUACGUCGUUAUUUUCGGACUGGAUAUCUGAUCCGGCUCGCCAAGGGAGAGAGCUGACACUCGUAUUACUUGUCUCGUCGUCCGCCCGCAGUUGUGCAACGCUUCUUCUCUGGCCCUUCGAGGCGGCGACAAGUUUAA